AUGGUGAAGCAGUCUGCUGCACAAGUCCCUCUGCGCGUCCCUUCCAUGCGAGGGCGCGACGAAUCGCAUUCUAUCGAUGCUGACGGAAAGCGUAAGUGUUGCCCCACCUUGAAGGUGGUCGGUGCCGCUGCAAGAAUACCUUCGGCUGCGCUAGCGGACGCACCGGUGCGCCGCAAUCGUGUCCCUGCUGUACUGUCGACACCCAAGCGAGUAGGAGGGUGGAAUGCUGCCUGGCAGCCCCGACACGGCUCUUCUGGCACCACUCCAGAUGAAGAUAGUCGCGAAGCUCGCGAGCAUCUCCGGCACUCUCCCUCUGGUAAAGGACGAGGUAAUAGCAUUGGGCACUGCAGCCAUAGCGCCGGCCCUUCGCAUCACGCUCAGCGCCAAGCGAGCGACAUGGUCACUGUAGGUCUUUCGCGCAUGUACUCAUCCCCACAGGCGGUGACGUCUGCCCCCGAAAAUGGGCUAACCGACGACGAUCUUCUUCUUCUGUGCGGCAUUAAACCUGGGUCCUCCAAGGCUCUCUGGUACACCACGCUGCGCGCGCAGCUGGAGGCUCGCGCGCUCGCCACGUCAACGGAAUAUAGCGACCGGGGCGACAGGGCGACUUCAACUAGACCGAAAACAGGGGUGGACCCGUCGUCAUCGUCGUCACACUUGCCAAUGCACGGAGCUGACGCUAGCUCUGGACCUCUCGUGCUGCCUACGGAGCUCUUGCUUCUCACCGAGCCAUCUGGCCCGAAUGCAGACACCAUGGCCGCGUCACGGUCUGCUGCACAACAAAUAGAGAAGAUACCACGUACUCACUCGGGCGAGGAGGAGGCCGAAAGAGUAGACGAGGGCGACGGUGCUAGCAGCAUUUAUACCCGCUCCCCUUCCCUGUGCUCUGAAAGAGUGGCGAACGCAAUCGCGGUGCAGGGCACGCCUAGCGUGGUUCCGCUGGUCCCCCUCCAGAAGCUGCGACUCUCACCAAAUCAACUAACGCAGAUGCGUGUCUCGGUUCUCUCUCUUCAGACCCUCGCCGGCUUGUGA